AUGAAGCUCUCCGCCCUCCUCCCGGUGUUCCUGCUCAACGGCAUCGCGUCCGCCUCGAUCGCCCAGUUUCUCUGCAACAACAGGCCGCCUAUCUCUCAAUGGGGUCCCGCCAACUGCUCCGAAGAGGACCACUGGCAAUGCUACACGCGCUGCCAGACUAAAUGUCCCGUUGCCGGACAGCCCUCCGUGGCUUCGAUUGGAUACGUGCGACCCGACGAGAAGUGCGACUGUUACUGCUGGGUGUAG